AUGACUAUACAAUGUUCAGUUUGCAGGAACCAUGUUCAAUCUAUGUAUUGUGCACAUUGUAUCAAUACAUCUCCUAAUUUGCUUCACCCUUUAAGAAUGCAAUUGCUCAUGGUUCAACAAAAGAAUAAGGUGUUGAAGGGUAAAGUUGAGGAUAUACUUAGUCAUGCAUUAGAUAAGAAUUGGAAAAGUUCUGAUAAUGAUACUGAAGGUAUAAUAUUAGCUGAUCGAUUACAUAAACUCGAAGUGUUAAAGAGAACGAAGAGAAAUAAUCGAGUUCGAUAUAGGAUAAGCCAGUUGACUAAAAGGAUAGAGAACAAACAGCAGAGGUUGCAAUCAUUGAGGUUACAAAUUACAACUACUGAUGUUGCUAAAGUUUCCAAUGCCAACAAAAAGGAAAUUGAAGAGAUUAGAACUAAAUAUCUUCAAUUAAAUGAAGUUGUUAAAAGAGAACAAGAAUUAGAAUGCCAGUCUUUGGUGGAUUGGUUUAUACUGAGGAAAAGAAAUUCAUAUGAAAUACCAUAUACAUUAGUAUUUUUACCAGUUGUAUCAUUAAAAAAUUUCCAUAAAUUACCAAAAGCUGUGACAAUAUCUUCAUUACAUAAAAUGUUUCAAUUUUUGGAAAUUUAUAGUCAAAUAAUAUCAUUCCCAUUAUUAUACAAAGGUGAUGAAAUUAAAGAGAAAACCAUUAAUACAGAUGAAGAGAUUGCUAAACUGAUAACUAAAUUAGUGAUCAAUGUUUUGCAAAUUGGUCGAUUUAAAAAUUUAAUUCCCAAGGAUGCCAUUGAUUUAGUCUGGCUAUUAGACCAAUAUGAUGUCGAUUCGUUAUUUUACAAUGUAAUUGUCAAUCAUAAGAUGGAGUGCAGGGUAGUAUUGUUCCAUUGGACAUUUGGAAAGGUUUCAAAAGUUGUUACGGAAACUUUACAACUACCAGCAGGUUCCACAACAAGCUUCCCAAGACAGCAAGUAGGCGACACAUACGAUAAAGAUGAUGAUAUGUGGCAUAUAGUAGGAUGA